GACCCCAACGACCGGCCUAUCGAUAGCGGCGCUACAGCAGCCAUUAUGAUUUCAGAGCUCAGCUGGUGGACGACAGACGAUGAUAUCAGAGGCUGGCUUCGAAAGGCCGGCUGCGAGAAAGAAAUCAAGGAGCUCACUUUCAGCGAGCACAAAGUCAAUGGAAAGAGCAAAGGCCAAGCCUAUGUCGAAUUCCACACUCGCCAAGCUUCCACCGCUGCCAAGCGUCAGAUCGAUACUGUUGCGAUGGACAGUGUGCAGCCUGGCCAGAAAAAGAUGACCAUCUCUUACUGGAAUCCGGGCGUCAACCCCUUCAGAACCCUGCCCAAGGACGCACCGGCCCGCGUUAAGGAGCAGCCGCGAGCCGCUCCCUCUGGAUCCUACAGCGAGCGAGGCAGCUAUGGAGGCUUCCGCGGCCGAGGAGGCAUGGGUGGAAACCGCGGCGGCAUGAACCCCAACUUCAAUCGCAACUACAGCGGAAACAUGGGCUAUAACAAUAAUAAUAACAUGGGAAGCGGCGGCGGCGGCUUCAACGGCCCGAUGGGCGGCGGCGCCAGUGGAGGUGGUGGCAGUCAUUACGUUUUCGGCAACCGAAGCAGCCCCGGCGGCACUAUGAGAGGCGGCCAGAACAUGAUCCGGGGCAGAGGCGGCGGAGGCGGCGGUAUGAUGGGCAUGAAUAUGGGAGGCAUGGGCAUGGGCAUGCCUGGCAAUAUGGGCAUGGGAAUGAUGGGUAACGGAAUGCCAGGCUUCCAGGGCAUGCCUCCCAACUUUCCAGGCGGAUUCGGCUUUGGACAACAAGGCGGCGGCGGCGGCGGAGGUGGAGGUGGAGGAGGCGGAGGCGGCGGCAACGAUGGCAACUGGGGCAACCCUCACGGUGCGAAGCGACCUCGUCCCGAGUAACGAGAUUUAGCAAGACCGAUUCUGCCAUCAUAGGAUCAAGACCUGGACCAUGCUUCGACAUGCUUCGCGAGAGCAUAACAUGGAUUUGAUUUGAUUGUAUUAGGGGAACAGGAAGGGAACACUUGCCCCAUUGCUUUUGACGGACGUUGGGAAAAUAUCUUGUUAGUUUGCAUCAGGAAGGGAAUUGUUUUUUUUUUCGACAGUGUAUAAUAGAACAAACGCUGGGUUGUUAAGACGUCAGGAGUCAGAGAGCAUUUUGUGGAAAUUUUGUAAUUUUUUCUUUUCUUUCUCUUGUCUUUAGGCUCUUUGCUUUCUAUUCUCUCCUUUGUUUAUUGCAUGCCAGGAAAGGGAGGGAAGGGAACAAAAACAGGAUGGAACAUGGUAUGGUUCAAAAGAGCAAAACAAUUUGAUGAUCAAGCAAAAGGAAAAACCAACAAAGGGCAUCAUGAUGGCUUUGUGCGCGCGUGUGUACAGGUGAUUGAUAGGGUGCUGAUUCAAUCAGCGACGGAGGAAAGGGAUGGUGAGGUAGGGGACGACUCUGUCGGUGCUAGCUUUGCAACCGCAAUUUGCCUUGUGCCACCAGAUGCUUAAUCUGGAGCCAUCGGUCUGUGAGAAUUCCUCUCAUUUCCUCGUCGCCAACGGAGCUGCCCUCGAGCUGCCCCAGCUGCUCCAGAGCGCUGGUGAUGUCGCUGUCGUACUUGGUUAGUAUUUUUAGCAUUGCCCCGUCUAUGAUAUGGCUGUCCUCGUCUUCAUCCCUAGUCCCGUCUAGGAUGUCUUGCCACUUGUUAAGUGGAAGGUAGAGCAUCCGCAACGCAACAUAUGUGCGGUAGCAUGCCGUUUGGGAGUCGAGCAUGUACUUCCCCCAGAAACCG